GACCCAUGGCUAAAUACUCUAAAAGAAAUAAAGCAGUGGUUUAUUCAGGGUAAUAAAAAAAAACAAAAUCCAAGCCAAUGGUUUUCUGCUCAAUGCCAGUUUGAUCUGGUUUUGUCAGUUAAUGGUUUUUUUGGAAUUAUCGAAUAUGUUCUUAAUAACUGCCCGGGUUUAGUAAUUCAACCAAGAAGAAUCUCUCAAGAUAUGCUUGAAGGUUUAUUUAGAACAAUUAAAGAGAUGAGCGCAGUCAAAUUUAAAGAGAUUCUCGAUGAUGAUCUAGUAAUGGGAUGGCUUGAAAGAGUCCAUUUAAUUGAAUACUUACUAUAUUAUGAUAGUGUAGAUAAUCUCUUAAUUUCCUGGUCAAAAAAAAUUCAACAAAUGGUACUAGACUCUGUUCCGACAAAGAAAGGUAUCCAUUGGAUGGUAACAUGGUUAACAAAUUUAGAAGGUCGUUUGAAUAACUAUAAGUGUGCAGGCGACUGGUUUG